AUGGUCAACUUGGGCUUUCUUUAUGCCCUGGCGGUUGCUGUUACAGCGCUCGCCGCGCCGUCAUCGGCUUCCAACUCUCUCGUCGCGUCUCUUGAUGCACGGGCUCCAAAGGCCUGCCCGUGGAUCUAUCAUGCCUACUACCCGAAAGUCACCACUCAGAAGAUUGUGGAUGGAGGCUACAAGAGCAACCAUGCGCUACAGGUUACUGGUAUUGCCAAGUUGCAGAAUGACCAGGCGUUCAGCCAAAUGAAGCAAAACUUCACGACCUGCAAGGUUGGCCGCUACCAGCUUUCGUGGUCCAUGUACCUUGCCAAAAAUGCAGCACAAGGAAUUGAUUAUCGCGCUCCUGGGAUGACAGUUUGGGUUACAUGUCCAGGAGGUGCUGCCCAAGUCGCUUACUUUACCUUCCGACCCAAUGUGCUCGAGAGUUAUGUCUCAAACCCCAGGAAGAGCAGCAAACAGAAGGUCGACCAAUGGGUAAACACAGUAGUGGACUUAGGUACCCUCCAGGCGGGAAACUGUACCUUGGACGUGAACUGGAAUGUAAAUGGCCCUGUCAAAGGUGAUCCGGUUUCAACAUUGACACUCAAACUUGACAACUUUGCCAUCAAGGCUCUGAGUUAG